AUUCUUGCAUGGUUAGUGUAUUCACAUCCUCCGGUCCUCACACAGUCACACCGUACUCUUGCGUCACGCACCGCCACCGGCGAUCUCCACUGCCCCCCUCCGGCGAGCUCAGGGUGGAAAGGAGCUAGCCCCUCUAGGCUCGGCACCCUUUCAAGAACAAAGGUGAAUCGGAGCGAUGGGUCGGUCUCGAGCGCUGUCGCAUACUGUGGAAGACGAUCCAAACCAAAGGUCCAAGAGAAAGAGGGCGGCUUCCAAUGCAGAAAUUAUAGGUCAAGGAAUGUUUGAAGGGAAAGUGGCUUUGUACCACUGUAAUUAUUGCAAUAAGGAUAUCUCAGGGAGGGUCCGCAUCAAGUGUGUAAUGUGCCCAGAUUUUGAUCUUUGUGUAGAGUGCUUUUCUUUAGGAGCUGAGGUUACACCGCAUAAGAGCAAUCAUCCUUACAGGGUUAUGGACAAUCUCUGUUUCCCACUUAUGUGUCCAGACUGGAAUGUUGAUGAAGAGAUAUUACUUCUGGAGGGCAUUGAAAUGUAUGGAUUUGGUAACUGGACUGAAGUUGCCGAACAUGUUGGAACAAAAACCAAAUCGCAAUGUAUUGACCACUAUAAUGCUGUAUACAUAAGCUCUCCAUGCUUUCCUUUGCCGGACAUGUCGCAUGUUAUGGGAAAGAGCAGGGAAGAGCUCCUUGCUAUGGCCAAAGGGCCUGGUGAAGUCAAGGAAGAAAUUCCUAAGAUUAGGGAGCUUACUCUGAAAGAAGAAUCUCCAUUCCCAGCAAGAGUCGGAUAUGAUGAAUCAAAAAAAGGUCAGCCUUGUCAUUCCUCAUCUAGCUUUACAUCAGAUAUAGGCACAGGUUUGGGUUCAAGCAGUGGUGACACAUUCUCAAAUGCGGUAAAGAAGGCCUCCAACAAAGCCCAGAUCAAGGAUGGCACUAGUGUGCAAGAUAUAGGCACAGGUUUGGGUUCAAGCAGUGGUGACACAUUCUCAAAUGCGGUAAAGAAGGCCUCCAACAAAGCCCAGAUCAAGGAUGGCACUAGUGUGCAAGAACUUCAGUCGGACAGGAGCAUUCGAGAGAAAAAGCCUAGGGUUUUAGGGGAUGAGGGACCUUCUAUGACUGAGUUGAGUGGUUAUAAUUUCAAGAGGCAGGAGUUUGAGAUUGAAUAUGAUAACGAUGCAGAACUGGUACUGGCAGAUAUGGAAUUCAAGGAUACUGACUCUGAUACUGACCACGAAUUGAAGUUGAGAGUGCUGCGUAUCUACUCAAAGAGGCUUGAUGAGAGAAAACGCAGGAAGGAUUUCAUAUUGGAAAGAAAUUUACUUUACCCUGACCCUUUUGAGAAGAGCUUCUCACCUGAAGAGAGGGAGAUAUGUCAGCGUUAUAGGGUCUUAAUGCGAUUCCACUUGAAAGAAGAGCAUGAUAAGUUACUUAAGAAUAUUAUUGAGGAACAGCGUAUAGUCAAAAGAAUACAAGAUCUUCAGGAAGCUCGAGCUGCAGGCUGCUGUACAGCUGCUGAGGCAAAUAGAUUUAUUGAGCAGAAGAGGAAAAAGGAAGCUGAAGAAAGUGAACAUGGAGUUAAAGAAAGUGCUCAGGGUCCCAAUGGUAAGGUCCUGCAAAGGCAAAAUCAUCUCAAAGGAGAAUUUGAUGCCAGCCCUCAGGGAUUUGUCAAGGGCUCCACAGGUCUGCAACCUAGUAGCAGGGAUUCGUCUUCAGCAUUGCAAACUAUUUCAAGCUGUGUAGACGAGUGGGACAUCACUGGAUUUGCAGGGGCCGAUUUACUCUCCGAAACUGAGAAAGGGCUUUGUGGGGAGAUCAGAAUACUACCUUCACAUUAUCUGAACAUGCUGCAGGUCAUGUCAGUAGAAAUUCUGAAGGGAAAUGUCACCAAGAAGUCCGAUGCCCAUAGCCUGUUCAAGGUGGAAGCGAGUAAAGUUGAUAAAGUGUAUGAUAUGCUUGUGGAAAAGGGGAUUGCUCAAGCAUCAUGACAUAUCCCCCCAUCUUCAUCUUUGUAUAGAAAACUGUACAGUUUCUUUUUGCUAAAAGCAAACAUGUCAACGUAGGAAAAAAAAAAAUAUGCAAAGAUAUCAAUAUUGUUAUACAUCUUGGGGAACUGUUUUUUUACUACUACGCACUGUUGUAAUGAGAAACUUUUUACUUUUUUUUU